AUGACGACCAUCCGCAUAUCGAAACGGACACGAAUUGGACAAUGGAACGUGAGGACUCUAAUGGAACCAUCCAGACUGGCGCAGUUUGAACUGGAGAUGGACAAAUUGCAGAUCUCAAUUGCUGGCAUUAGUGAGAUGAGAUGGAAAGGAAGUGGAGCAACAACAACAUCAAAUGGCAAUUCAGUGUUGCAUAGCGGAAACAAUGAUGGCGGCAGGAACGGAGUAGGGAUUUAUGUGUCCAAAAGAUACAAACAGACACUAAUCUCCUGGAACCCGAUAUCCGAUAGAAUCAUCAUGGCCAGAUUCCGAUGCAGCGCUAGACACAUCACCAUCGUGCAAUGCUAUGCCCCGACGGAAGACGCCAGCGAUGACAUCAAAGACGACUUUUACAACUCCCUCACAUCCACACUCACAAGGAUCCAAAGAGGCGACAUCAAAAUUCUCAUGGGUGACUUCAACGCUAAGAUCGGCCCCAACAACACCGGACUGGAACCAGUCAUGGGUCGGCACGGCGUUGGCUCACGUAGCAAUAAUGGAGAUAGGCUGAUCGACUUAGGCCAGACAUCCCAAAUGGUCAUUGGAGGCACUGUGUUCCCACAUAAGGAGGUACAUAAAUACACAUGGACGUCCCCAAAUGGUCUCUCAAGAAACCAGAUAGACCAUAUCUGCAUAAGCAAAAAAUGGAGGAGCUCGAUGAAGGAUGUACGCAACAAGAGAGGCGCGUCAAUUGACAGUGACCACGAAUUAGUAGUCGGAGAGCUCUCAAUCAAGCUCAGACGAAAACGCACUGUCAAUAGAACCACAAACAGACCACCACCACUAAACGUACAUCGUCUUGGCGACCCCACCCUAUCCGCCAGAAUGGCAACAACGCUACGAGAACAACUGAUGCCACUACAACCAACGCACCCAUGGGAACAAACAUGCAGAUCACUGAGGAACACCGCUGAGGAGUUGCUCGGCACCAGGCAACCAAGGCGCAUCGACUGGAUAUCAACUGAGACAUGGAACCUUAUCAACAGACGGAAUAACCUCAAGCAAAGAGCUGACCACGACUGUAGAGCACGCGCGGAACACAGUGAGCUAUGCAGGAUGGUGAAGAAAUCAGCCAGAAACGACAAGAGAGCCCUAUUGAACAGACUCGCAGAUAGUGCGGAAAGUGCAGCCAAUGCCAACAACAUGCGCUUGCUGUAUCAAAUUAUUGGGAAAUUAUCCGGAUGUCACCAAAUAAGGCAAACCCAGCCAGUGCGAGAUUCCGACGGUGCACUUCUCACGGACGACGAUGCCCAAAUCCAGAGAUGGCGACGACACUUCAUGGAAAUUAGCUACACUGAACACCCAAGCAGCCCACAUGAGGAAGAACCCAGAAGUAUCGAGCCCAACACCACCAACACCAGGAUCUCGCCCACGCCUCCCACUGUGAGAGAAAUACGAGAUGCGAUCAGGAAAUUGAAGAGCAACAAAGCAGCCGGAGAUGACGGUAUACCCGCCGAACUUCUCCAGACUGACUCUCAACUAAUAGCCGAAACACUGCAUCCGCACUUCUAA